ACCUUUCAUUCAAAUUUUAUGAAUCUAACGGCUACUUCGCCCUAUAUGUACUAGCACUGGACAGUAGCCGGUGACGCACGGACAACAAAAACGCCUCCUCCUUCUCCAAUUCAAUCAAUCUUAUCGAACAACAACACAAUCUCAGCGCAUCUUCAAUUAAAGAAUCUGUGAAGCAAGAAAACAAUGGUGCCGUUGACGCCUGAUCAGUCUAAGAAGGCCGGAGUCGGGGUGACGGCAUCUCCAGCUCCAUUUCUGACUCCGCGUCCGGAACGGCGGCGCACUGAUUCGAGAGGCUCUGAUUCGAGUUCUAGCCAUCAUAAUAGGGAUAAAGAAGUUAGUGUACAGGUUGUGUUGAGAUGCAGGCCAUUAAAUGAUGAUGAACAGCGAUCACCACAAGUGAUAUCAUGUAAUGAACUAAGAAGAGAAGUUAGUGUCUUGCAAAGUGUGGCCAAUAAGCAAGUAGAUAGAAUCUUCUCCUUUGACAAGGUGUUCGGUCCGAAAGCGCAGCAAAGAUCGAUUUAUGAACAAGCCAUUGCCCCUAUUGUUAGUGAAGUCCUUGAGGGAUUCAACUGCACCGUCUUUGCCUAUGGGCAAACAGGCACUGGUAAAACAUAUACAAUGGAAGGUGGGAUGAAAAACAAGGGAAAGGAUCUGCCUGCUGAGGCUGGUGUUAUUCCGCGGGCUGUUCGUCAAAUUUUCGACACGCUUGAAGAGCAAAAUGUAGACUAUAGCAUGAAAGUGACAUUCUUGGAGCUCUACAAUGAAGAAAUUACUGAUUUGUUGGCUCAGGAAGAUCAAUCACGGUCAGUAGAAGAGAAGCAAAAGAAACCUAUUUCCUUGAUGGAGGAUGGAAAGGGCGCAGUGGUUGUAAGGGGUCUUGAAGAAGAAGCAGUAUAUAGUUUAAAUGAGAUAUACACUCUUUUGGAACGGGGAUCGGCCAAACGACGUACAUCAGAAACCUUGUUAAACAAGCGUAGCAGCCGCUCUCAUUCUAUCUUUUCCAUUACUCUCCACAUUAAAGAAUCGUCCGUUGGUGAUGAGGAGCUGAUCAAAUGUGGAAAGCUUAAUCUUGUUGAUUUAGCGGGAUCGGAGAAUAUAUCUCGGUCAGGUGCACGAGAGGCUCGAGCAAGAGAAGCAGGGGAAAUUAAUAAGAGCUUACUUACCCUGGGUCGUGUUAUAAAUGCAUUGGUUGAACAUUCUACUCAUAUACCUUACAGAGAUAGUAAGCUUACGAGACUGUUGAGAGAUUCUUUGGGAGGGAAGACAAAAACUUGUGUCAUUGCCACAAUUUCUCCUUCUGCUAAUUGUUUGGAAGAGACUCUUAGUACUCUAGACUAUGCCCAUCGUGCUAAACAUAUCAAAAACAAACCUGAGGCGAACCAAAAAAUAUCCAAAGCUGUGCUCCUCAAAGAUUUGUAUCUAGAAAUAGAGAAGAUGAAAGAAGAUAUUCGAGCUGCAAGGGAAAAAAAUGGUGUCUAUAUUCCACGUGAGAGAUAUGCUCAAGAUGAAGCUGAAAAGAAGGCAAGAUCUGAGAGGAUUGAACAACUUGAAAAUGAUCUCAACCUUAGCGAGAAGCAAGUUGAAAGCUUCCGUGAGCUCUAUCUGACUGAACAAAAAAUGAAACUGGACGUGGAACAAGAGCUCAAGGAUUGUAUGGUAAAUCUCAAAAGCCGGAACAAGGCAUUGUCUGAUCUACAGGAUGAACAUGGGUUAGCCAUUUCAGCCUUGAAAGAGAAGGAGUCCAUCAUCUCCCAGCUGAAAACCUCAGAGAACUCUUUACUUCAACGUGCAAAGUCGUUGCGCAUGGACUUGCAGAAUGCCUCGGAGGAUAUAAGUUUAUUAUUUGAAAAGAUAGAUCAGAAAGACAGAAUGGAAGCAGAAAAUCAGAGCAGGGUCUUAACAUUUGGUUCUAAGCUUGAUCAGAACUUAAAAGAUCUGCACAAGAUCAUCUUAGGAUCUGUUACUCAACAUCAAGAACAGCUAAGAUACAUGGAAGAACAUGCACACACUUAUCUUGCUAGUAAAUCUGAUGCAACUCAAGUCCUGGAGACAAAAGUAGAGAAAAUGGCUCAGACAUACUCUUCAGGAGUAGCUGCCUUAAGACAGUUAAUCAAGACACUGCAACAGAAUGUUUCCACAGACCUUGAACAGAUGAAUGACACAGUUUCAACACAAGCAAUCAGCGUCGAAAACUUUUUGGUUAAUGCAGUAUUGGAAGCCAAGGAGGUUGUCAAGGAGAUCCAGAGUUCUCUUGAUGAUCAAAAACAACUUCUUGCUCUCUCUAUUCAACGCCAAGAGGAGGGAUUGCAACAUAGUUUGGUUUCGGCACGGAACAUAUCAAAUGCAAGUAUCAACUUUUUCAAUGAACUUCAUUCCCAUGCAUCCAAAGUCAUGACGCUGCUCGAAGAAGGUCAAAUCAAGAGGUCGAACCAAUUAGUGAAUUUUGAGAAGAUGUUCAAGGAGCAGGCAGAGAAAGAGGAGAAACAGGCUCUAGAGAGCAUUGCAGCAAUUAUAGCAAAUUUGACAUCUAAGAAGGCUGAUAUGGUAUCAGAUGCUUCAAAGAACAUUCAGGAGCUGAACCUACAAAGCAACAAAAUAUUGCAGCAAGAGAUGUCCUGUAUGCAGCAAGUAUCAAAUUGUGCCAAGAAGGGCAUGAGCAAAUAUGUCGAAAAUGCGGAAUCUCAUUUCACAGAAAGCAUGAUUUCAGCAAAUGAAUCAAAGACUGUAUUCGAGAACCACAUCGAGGAAUGCUCAAAGAGGUUGGAUCACUCUCAGAAACAAUGGGAAGAUGCGCAAUUGUCGGUAAUAAAAUUGAGCAAGAAUGGCGCUACAGAGAUCGAAUCUUCUGUAAAGGCUAGUAUUUGCAAAAAUCAUUUUGCACAAGAAGAAUUUGCAACUGUUUCUUCAGCACUGGAUGCUGAUUUUGAUGCUGAAAUCAGUGGUGUAUUGGCUGCAGUUAAUGAUUCUCUGAGAUUAGACCAGGAAAAUAAAAAGGAGUUGGACUCAAUUUCGACCUCGUGCUCGGAAGAGCUCAAAUCCACGCAAAAUAACCAUGGAAGAACCGUAUCGAAAAUCCGAGACCAAGCAGAGCAGUGCCUCAUAAAAGAUUAUCUGGUCGACCAGCACACGGACUCGACACCGAAGAAAAGAGUAAUAGCUGUGCCAAGUUUAGCAUCCAUUGAGGAGUUGAGAACCCCUGCACAUCAUCUGAAAGAAGGCAUUUCAACAGAAAACAAGUUGAAAUGGGGUUUGUUAGAAGGCAAAACUCAAGAUGCUAAUGGAGCAGUGCUACCAAUGAGAGCUCCCUUUACAAAUGUCAACUGAAAAGAGAAGAGCACAAUGGAAAUGUCUAAAAAAGCUGUACUCUCCAUGCUUGUGGAGCUGUGAAAAGGAAACAAAAAAAAGUGUUCAUCUAUCGAUGGCCAUCCUUUCAUUUCAUCCCGAGAUCUCAUUAAGGUCAAUUUGAUUAAUGAAGAUAGCCAAAUGAUGAUGAAAUUUACUCAUCUUCUUCUUCACUAUCUGUAUGUAUUGUUUUAGAUUUAGUUUUCUUAAAGAUGGAUCAGAUAUUCUUCAUUGAGCUGAUUAUAUAUAUAAUAUUUUUAGUUUUCUUAAA